AUGUCGCCCAUGGGGCGUGGGCCACCUGUGCCAAGACGUCACGAGAGAAAUCACCAUAGGGAAGAGGCUGAUGGGGACGAUAACGACGAUGCGCCCAAGAAGGUUUAUGAUAAAGAGAAGGCUCCUAAAAAGCAGAAGGCUAAGGAUGUGCCAGAGACGGAAACGGAUAAGAACACGAGGCUAAAUGCUCUUCUUUUCGAUACUUCAGAUGAGUCUGUGGAUAUGUAUCGACUGGAAAAUAACCUGCUGGACCUCUUGGGAAGACUCUACUAUGAUGACUAUGAUUCUGACGUUUCCGUGAUGUCGCCGCUGCCGUUGUCUCCUGCUGGAACGGAAAGAAGCAACGCUUUUCUUACGGUGCUGGCGGCGGCGCAGCGUCUACGGUCACCUUCACCAGCCAAGAGACCACCGCUUCUGCGAUUGGGGUCUUUUGAACGAGGCGUUUCGUUUGAUACGCUUUCCGAUAACCAUCACAAGGCCAUCACGCUUAAGGUGAAACAUCCCCAGUUCCGUUUCCGCAGAAACAACAAGACAUACCUUUUGGGAUUCAGCAACGACUUGGAGUCUCUCAGAGCGAUCGAAUGGGCACUUCAGGAAAUGUUGGUCAACGGAGACACUCUCAUUGUUUUGCAAGUGCUCGACGAGAAGGUUUACAAGAGGGUCGACAACGAGUUGGGCGAACAGGUACUUGCGAAGAUAGAGCAACUCAAUACCCACAAUAAGAAAAUUUCGCUCGUCUACGAAGCCGUGAUCGGAAAGCCGCAGAAACUUCUUCGUGGCGCUAUCGAUGAGUAUAAACCCGCUAUGAUGAUUGUGGGUACUCAUAACUACGAGAGGGCGCAGUUGCAGCGCCUGAGCCUGUCGCAGAACAUUAUUGAUCUGUCCCAUCCCACACACCAACCACAGCCGCAGCCCCAUAAGCAUCGUGGGUUCCUUUCCAAAUCUUCCAUCUCCAAGUACUUCCUUCAGUUUGCUCUUGUUCCCUGCAUUGUUGUCAAGCCUAUCUACCAUUACCAGCAGCAGCUACAGAAACCUAUAGAGGAUGAGAAGUACUUUCAUGACUGGCUUGCAAAUAUUGACAUCUCACAUACACGCGAAGAGAAGAAGAAACGGAGCAGGCUUGCAAUGGCACUUUCUCCAUCGCAUUCGAGAAACGGAUCGCUGACGAAUCUUGCUGACAUGGGAGAGAAAGAACGCUUAUCGCGUCCAGUCAACUUGGAUGCUCAGUUUGACUUUGGCAGCCGGGACCCAUCGCCAAAUCCCGAACCUGAAUCCUCCAAAGAGCAUAAAAGUCAUCUGAGACUCUCCCGUUUCUUUGGCCACAGUUAA